AUGUCGCUUGUUAUAUUUGGUGAUGGUAUGCAUGGGAAGGAUGCUGUAAGAAUGAGGGGACAUACCACUGGAGCCACCAGUAUAUUGUAUAAACAGCUACUGAAGAGACAACGGACGUUUCUAACUGCUGUUGUUAAUAUUGAUGAAUAUCGCACAUCAAAAGUUUGUAACAAUUGCAAGAGUGACGAUAUGCAAGACGCCAUUGGGACUGGCCAGGAAAAAUUUGGCCCUUACAACAGAGAUCGCCGUACAGAAGACGGUGCUGCCAGCUUUUCAGAACAGACAGCUUAA